AUGGAUAAACUGAAAGAAAAGGUCAAAAAGAAGGAACCAGAAGCUUCAAAACAACAAAAGAAACCGAACAUUCAAAGACCACCUGUUAAGAAAUUAAACUUAGACCGACCUUAUAGACCUAAACCUACAAGAGAUGACUCUAGUGUUAGCAGCGAUGAAUCGUUCCAUUCUGAUGUAUCAUCUGUAAUGGACUUCAUGCCAUCAACUAAAGUACCAGUAAACGAAGACGCUGAAUUAGUGCAAUUUUCCUUGUUGUGUAACAAGUAUUAUAGUCAAUUAAACACUUCACUGUCAUCGAAAGUAACUGAAGCAGCAGUUAAUCAAAUGAAAAAACUGUGGCAUGUAACUAAUAUAUAUAUGUAUCCACAUAUACAGGAAUAUGCUGAAAAACUAACUAGUUAUUUCCCUGGUGACCUCAAGGUGUGCUUUUUCUGUAAUAGUGGAUCAGAGGCAAAUGACUUGGCAGUAUUAAUGGCACGUUUAUACACUAAUGCAUUUGAUGUUAUAUCUUUGAGAAAUGCAUAUCAUGGAUGCACUCCGCAUACUCAGGGACUAACUGCACUACCUGCAUGGAAAUAUCCACUGCCACAAGGUUUUGGAAUUCUUCAUGCUAUGAAUCCUGAUCCAUAUCGAGGAAAAUGGGGAGGAUCACAUUGUAGAGAUUCACCUGUUCAAACUCAAAAGAAAUGUGAUUGUAAACCAGGUAUUUGUAAAGCUUCUGAUUUAUAUGCUGAACAGCUUCAAGAAGUUCUUCAGUAUUCACUUCCACAAAAGAAAGUUGCUGGAUUUUUUGCAGAAAGUAUUCAGGGAGUUGGAGGAGCAGUACAAUUCACAAAAAAUUAUUUAAAGAAAGCAUUUGAAUUGGUUCGAGAACAAGGUGGACUCUGCAUAUCUGAUGAGGUUCAGACUGGUUUUGGAAGAACUGGAAAACAUUUUUGGGGAUUUCAAGCUCAUGAUGUAAUGCCAGAUAUAGUGACAUUGGCCAAAGGAGUAGGAAAUGGAUACCCUCUUGCAGCUGUAGUUACAACACCAAAAAUAGCAAAAUCAUUAACUGAAAGAUUAUUUUUUAACACAUUUGGUGGUAAUCCUGUAGCUUCUGCUGUUGGAUCUGCAGUGCUUGAUGUACUUGAAGAAGAGAAACUGAUGGAAAAUAGUGAUCAAGUUGGUACUUAUUUGUUAGAACAGUUAUCAUCUCUCAGAAAUGAAUUUGAAAUUGUUGGAGAUGUGAGGGGAAAGGGACUUAUGAUUGGAGUGGAAUUAGUUAGUGAUAAGCAAUCUCAAAAUCCUCUCCCUGCAUCCAGAGUUUUAGAUAUUAUGGAUGAUUGUAAGAACAUGGGACUGUUGUUUGGAAAAGGAGGAUAUAAAGGCCAUGUAUUCAGGAUCAAACCCCCCAUGUGUAUCACUAAGGAAGAUGCAGACUUUUGUGUAUCUGUUCUGAGAUUGGCUCUUAGAAACCAUACUGAAAAACAAGCCUCUUAAUUAAUAUUCAGUCUUCCAUCUAAAAGUCUUCCAUAGCAAGUACAGAAAUGUGAUAAUUAAAUUUGUCUUCCACAAAAAGAGGUCUAGUAGCAAAAAUUUCUGCAUUAAACUACAGCAUUAAACAGUUGAAUUAGACACUGUUUUUUUGCCAUAUUGUUCUUUAAUGCAAUCAUUUUUACUCUAAAUUACAUUCUAAUCUAAUGAUUGUAUUCUUAUCAAUUGUCUUCCACAAUUUUAUAUUUUGUGAUUAUUGUUGUUAA